UUUUUUAGUAGAGAUUCCAAUCGUUGAGAUGAUUGAGCGGCGCCAAUAUCCAGUGGGAAUAUAAAGAACACAACAAAACUCAGGUCAUUUUUAACAUAAAGCUUCUAAUAAAAUAUACUAUAUAUUAACUUUUUAAAUUUAAGAUAUUCUUGAAGCGUUAAAAAGGAUCAUUGCGGGCCAAAAUAAUAUAAAAGAAAGGCUAGACAAAUUGGAGGAAAACGUAUUUAUAACUUUGCAGAACCAAAAAACCCUUAGUGAAGGCCAAUCGUCACUGGUUCACAACUAAACCGCUAUAUUUAAAAAACUUAAUGAGAUGGAGUCGAAAAUUGUCGAAAAGGCUGAGGUUUUGGCGCAAAAUAAGUCAAUCAGAGAAUGCAAAGUUCUCUUAAAACGAGUGGAGCAGUCAGUGUGCCGCAUGACCGGCGAAGUGAAUGACAAAGAGCUGGACGACGUCGCUAGCACUUUUCCGAUGGAGUCGCAAGCAACAGUUGCGGAAGUGGAAGAUAGACUGCAAAGCCAAGACUAUGCCCAAACAAUGAUUACAUUCCUCCACAAACUUAAAGGCGCCAGUGAUAAUGUGGCUGACGUAAUACCUAAGGUUUUCUCAGAUGAGCUCUUGGAAGGAUAUAAUUGGGAUGGCAGGUGAAGCAAGAAAUCCUUAUGCAAGUUGGCGCUGGUUGAUAAAAUUUUAAGAAGUUCAUACAUAUACAUAAUUGCAACUUAAUGUUUACUUAAAAUUUUUACUAAUAUAGUAUAUUUUUCUUUUAAUUUAGAUGUGUUUCAACAACAGGGGUGUAGGAGUUUCGAGCAAAAUAUAAAGCGGUCAAUACUGCUCAGCCAUCACAGGUUAAAGCAGCGUACUUAUUUUAAAAACAAACGGAAACAAUAAUUAAAUUUAAAAACUAAACAAAUUAAAACA